AUCACAAGUUAAGUAACAUCUUCGAGUUCCUAGAUUACCGGAGAAGUGCACUACGAUGGAUCCAAAGGGAAAGCAACUUCUAGCUUCUACAGGCCAGUCUCUCGAGAAGAUCUCGCGCCUUUUUGGAAUCAAUCUGUCGAGUUACUUGGGCAAAUCGUAUAGUUUUGUGCUUCUGGUGCUGUUCUGUUUUCUGAGCUAUAUGACUUGGGAUAACGUUUGCACCGGUCAUUGUGCGAACCACAUUAUCAAGAAGUUUAUGAUAACGUUGGAGUAUACGUUGUACGUUCUUUUGAUAUUUACAAUGGUGAUUACGUCUCUGUUUCAUCCGGAGCAAUUCGCUUUUCCCCGCCAGGAGAUGCUCAUCAUAGAUUCUAUACUCGAAUCGUACGGCGCACAAUUCUCGGAUAAGGAUAUCUUCAUCAUGAAGCACUUGCAGGAUGCUGUAACAGUGACACUAUCGUUAUUUUUUACGAUGAAAUGUUCUUAUGAAAGAAUCACGAGUAAUUCGACUGAGUUGAUAUGGCUAUCUAUUCACACCUGGUAUAGUGUGAUCUGCUUAUUAGUUAUAGAUGGGUUGUUAUCUCACUAUGUGAAUGAUAUAUACCUGAGAUUCCGAGAGUUGAAUAAGAUCGCGGCACAGCAUUCGAAAGAUAAAUUGUUGGUUUCUUACAUCAACUUCACAACAGCAGACGCAUAUGAUAAACGCAACGACCUCGUGAUUAGUAAAAUUCGCUCGAUUCAGCAUAUUCAUUAUACGUUAACUGUUUUGGCAAUGAAGGUAAACGCGAAUUUUAGUUUGCACCUUCUGAUAAGUUCAGCAUUAUGCUUGAAUGCGAUAAUUCUUAACCUUUACGAUAUAUAUCAUAACAUGAAGACGGAUGAGAAUCGAAGUGAUACAAUCGUCUUUCAAGUGAUCUUCAUAUUUUGCAGUGUUCUUCGAUCUCUAUAUAUUAGUUAUAUCUGUCAGCGAACGAGAAACGAGGUUGAGUAUCAGAUAGACGUGUGUAUGUGGAAAUAUGCAUAUGAUAUAAUUCUAAUCUCACUAUAUAUUCAGUCCAGGCGAAUGACAAAGAUUUUGCAUGAUGUCUUCCUGAAGCAUAAAUCGUUACGGUCUGAAGUGAUAUAUUUUUCCCUUCAAUUGGUCCAUCAAGACUUAGUAUUUACUGCUUGUGGACUGUACGAAAUCAACAUCUCCCUUAUGUGUUCCAUUGCUGGGGCGAUAGUGACGUAUCUCGUCAUGGUUAUUCAAUUAGACGUCACUGAAAAAUUUGCUAUCGCAAAUACCACGCAAAGUUACAUUGCAGAUAAUUCUACAAAUAAUGUAAGUUUACUUAUUUCUCAAUAAUCAAUGAGACAUACCUCGUGUUAUUGAAUGCUGACAACUUUUAAUAGAUUGCGCUGCAAACUGCGCAUUGGUUUCCUCUUCUAAUUUUCUCUAGUCUCGAAGAGGAGUGCGACAGCUGCUUUGUAAUUCUUUACUCUCUGUCCCAAUCUGUAUUGUGCUUCUAAUCAUGCGAAGGAUAAACAUUCGCACGAAACACCUGAAUUGUUGUGCGAUGCAGAACUUGCGCUUGAGAAGUUUCGAAUAAGCAGG